GAGUCACUACAAGAAAACUUGCACUUUGCGGCGGUUACCUUGCGGCGGUUUACUGAAACCGCCACUAUAGUACAAGCUGCGGCGGUUGUUGUGGCGGUUUAGGCAGCUGACGCAGUUAUAUGACAUUUGCGGCGGUUGUUAAUCAUUCUGCGGCGGUUUUAAGCUUUUAUUUUUAUUUUUAAAACUAAACUAAUUUUAACUACGGCGGUUCCUCUAAAAAACCGCCGCUAGGUGCCCUAAUUUUGGAUUCCCACUCACACUUUUCACUUUCCCUCUCGCUCGUUUAGUUUCCCCCUCGCUCGUUUAGCCCUAAGGUCUCACUCAUUGUUCGUUCCUCUAUGCUCAGAGUCGGUUGGUUGCCCUCUCACAUUCAAUAUCGUUCUUCCUCCGCUGGGCUCAGGUUCGCCCCUCUCUUUCUCUUCUCUUCUCUUCCCUUCCCUUCUUUGAUUUUCGUUUUUCUCUUACAGAUUCGGUGUUGGUGGUGGCCCUCUCGCAUUCAACAUCAUUGUUAGGAGGCCAGGUAUGCCUAAAUCAAAGAGACAUUGUCGCAAGUCUUCUUCUUCAGCAACAACACCCCAACAAUCUGAUUCUGCACGUCACAGCGACCCUAUACCGCAGCAUGUUGACCAUGUGCAGCAGCUUAGUGAGCCUAUACCGCAGCAUAGUGAGCCUAUACACUCGGGUCCAAAUCUAUCGCAAGGAAACAAUAUGAGUCGGAAACUCAAACUGGUAGACCAUAUAGUAGGUUAGAAAUGUACAUUAUUGCCCACAAGAAGAAAGAUGGAUCAUUUGUGAACGAAGAGGCUAGACAACAGAUUGAACAACUUGAAAGGGAAGUUGACAACAAUGCUUCUGAAGAAGAUGCAUUCAGAACUGUAAUUGGGAAAGAGCAUCAUGGAUAUGUACGAGGCAUGGGUUUCGGUGUUUGCCCCUCUAAAGUCUUCAAAGGUUUUGGGAGCACAUCAACCAAUGGUUCUUCUGCACAAGUUAACAAGCUUCAAUCAGAAUUGGGAACAGAGCGUGCCAGAGUUGAUACUUUGGUACAAGAAGUUGAAAGAUUUAAAGGUUUAGAAGAACAGCUUGCAUUUGUUAUGCAACAAUUGGCUAGCCAAGGAUUUAAUCGGGUUACCGAUUUAGGCUCUCCAAAUGAACCAAGGCGAUCUUCGUCUGCUAGUCAUAGUCCCGAAAACAAAGGACCGUCUUCUUAGCUUCAUGUAGGAUUGGGGGAAUUAUUUAAGACUGAGCCUUUUUUGGAUUAUUCUACUGAACUUGUCAUUUUAGUAGUUGGAUCUAGAAUAUUGAAGAACGAUGUUUCUUAUGCUAAUGUUAAUGUUGGACCAUUUAUAUGUCUGUACUGAAUUUGACACUUUAGUAGUUGGAUUUAUGUUGAAUGCAAAUGAAUGAACUUAUUUUUACCUA